GCUGCAUCUGAACAUCUGGAUCCAAAUCUCAACAGCCAGAGGAGGCUCCCUGGCAGGGUGAAGCCUCUGUCCCCUUGGAGACAGAGAGACGGAAGACCCUACAACAUCAUGGACCCACAGGAUGACUCAGAAGACAGUGGCAUUUUUGAGAAUGCUUUCCAGUACAUCCUGAACACAAUGAGCAAAGAAGAAAUGCAAGCCCUGAUGUCAGAGGACAAAGUCUUGGAGCAUCAUGAAACCAAGGAUGAUUUGUCCAAGGCUGAGGAAGAGGCACUCAGUGAGUAUCUCAGCAUUCAGAAAACAGAAACAGAAGAGAAAGAAGACAGGAAUACUAUGGGGAAAAUGCAAGAAAUAGAAGCUGAGGAAGACAUGGAAGACCAAGAGAGAAUCCAACAGGAACAGGAGUACAUAGAGACGUUUUUGAAAGAGUUUCCUCAGGUGAAACUGAAACUUGAGGAGCACAUCACACAGCUCCAAGCACUGGCAGAUAAGGAUGAUAAGCUCCACAGAAACUGUGCUAUCUCCAAUAUUAUGUUCGAUACCUCUGGCAUUGUUUCUAACAUCCUGACUAUUGUUGGCAUAGGUCUGGCACCUGUGACAGCUGGGGCAAGUUUAGUGGUGACAGCGACAGGGUUGGGACUUGGGAUCGCAUCUGGCCUGGGCAGUGUGUCUACCACCAUUGCAGAACACUCCAUUAGGUCACACAUAAAAAUUAGAGCCAGUCGGUUGACAUCAUCUGAGAUCCACACAGGGGAGAUAGCCAAGGAAGUGCUUUAUGAUGCUGCUCCCAAAUUUAUUUCUGCAGGAAAAAGUUGUGUUACAGGCAUAAAUGACAUUAAGAAGAACAUCCAGGCCAUAAAAUUGGUCCAAGCCAACCCUGAGAUAGCAGCCCAAGCUUCUAAACUCAUGAAGGCUGGAAAAGUAUCAAUCCAAGGUGGUGAGCAGAUGCAGAGUAUUCUCGAAGGCACUGUUCUGGCAAUGAGCAAAGGAGCCCGCGUCUUGGGUGUGGCCACCGCAAGCUUCUCCAUUCUGAUCUGUUUGACCAGUCUUGUACAAGAGUCUGUAAACCUCCAUAAGGGGUCCAAGACAAAAUCAGCUGAGAAUCUGAGGCAGCAGGCUCAGGAGUGGGAGAAGAUGUUGGAAGAACUACAAGGCAUUUAUGUAAGUCUUCUUCCAUCUUUUCCGGGACCCCAGAGGAACACUGCACAAGAUUAA